AAAUUCAGUGGCUUCAGCGCAACGCGCAUCCAUUCUCCAACGAGUGAAUCUGAAUUGGGCCGACUAAGCACAUUUUCUGGAGUUUUUCGACCGAACAAGGCCGAAUUAGACUGCUUAGAUUGAUUAAUCUUAAUCUUCAAAAUGAUUAUUCCAGUUAGAUGCUUCACUUGCGGCAAAGUAAUUGGAAAUAAAUGGGAGAACUACCUUGGACUCCUUCAAGCAGAGUACACAGAAGGUGAUGCGUUGGACUCUUUGAAAUUGAAGAGGUACUGCUGUCGAAGGAUGCUCCUGGCCCACGUUGACUUGAUCGAGAAGCUUCUGAAUUAUGCUCCACUUGAAAAAUCGUAAACUCUAAUUCUUCUUCUUCAAUUUGUCUGGCAUUUUCUCUGUCAUAAAAACAACGCUACGAAAGCUAGCAAAUUUUGAAGACAGCUUAAAUUCUAAUUUUAGUGUAAUUUCAUUAAGGAAGGAAAUAAAUCAUGUGAAUAUUUGGUGGAAAUAA